CUCCUACUGUCUUUAUACAGGUCCCCUGGCUUGUCAAAGCUGAAACAAUCAUUUUCCCAUGAAUCUUUGCUGAGUCCAGGAGGUCCUAUUGAGACUUUGGAUCUUGGGACUGAUGAGAAAGUCUUUGUCAUGCCACUUCAUAGCAGUAUAAUUGGACGAAACUUCUGCUUUGAGAUAUCUUGUUCCACUUAUAGUAAAUGCUUCAGUUGCACUUCUGCUACUGAAAGAGACGUCUGGAUGGAGAACAUACGGAGGGCUCUCCAGCCUAACAAGGAUAAUUGCCGACGAGAUGAGAACCUGUUACGUCUUUGGAUCAUUGAAGCCAAAGGUUUGGCCCCGAAGAAGAAGUAUUUCUGUGAAAUAUGUCUGGAUGAAAUAUUAGUCGCCCGUACUACCAGUAAAUCAAAAUCUGACAAUAUUUUCUGGGGUGAACAGUUUGAGUUCGCUAGCCUUCCACCCACCUAUCACAUUACAGUCCACAUCUAUAAGGACACUGAAAAGAGAAAGAAAAACUUUAAGAAUAAUUAUAUUGGUCUGGUCAGCAUUCCCAUAGCUACUGUAACCGGUCGACAGUUUGUGGAAAAGUGGUACACCAUCAGCACUCCCACAGUCAAUAAGGGGAAGUCUGGUGUGCCAUCCAUCCGGAUCAAGUCACGGUACCAGACCAUCGUCGUCCUUCCUAUGGAAAAAUAUAAAGAGUUUGCUGAAUUUGUAACUAACAAUUAUACUGAAUUAUGCUCUGUUUUGGAACCAGUGAUAAGUGUCAGAGACAAAGAGGAGAUGGCCUGUGCUAUGGUGCACAUUCUUCAGAGCACUGGCAGAGCAAAGGACUUCUUGACUGAUCUGGUGAUGUCUGAAGUGGAUCGCUGUGGGGACCAUGAUGAGUUGAUCUUCAGAGAAAAUACACUUGCCACCAAAUCCAUUGAGGAAUAUCUCAAGUUGGUGGGACAGAAGUACCUGCAAGAUGCACUAGGUGAAUUUAUCAAGGCAUUAUAUGAGUCGGAUGAGAACUGUGAAGUGGAUCCCAGCAAAAGUCCACCUAAUGAAUUAGCUGAUCACCAAGAAAAUCUCAAAAUGUGUUGUGAGCUAGCCUUCUGCAAAAUUGUCAAUACCUACUGUGUCUUUCCUCGGGAGCUGAAGGAGGUAUUUGCAUCAUGGAAGCAGCAGUGCCUCAAACGGGGAAGGCAGGAGAUCAGCGAACGCCUGAUCAGUGCCUCACUUUUCCUCCGAUUCCUUUGCCCAGCCAUCAUGUCUCCAAGUCUCUUCAACCUCAUGCAGGAAUACCCUGAUGAUAGUACCUCUCGUGCACUCACACUAAUUGCAAAGGUUAUCCAAAACUUAGCAAAUUUUACAAGAUUUGGGAACAAAGAAGAAUAUAUUACCUUUAUGAAUGCCUUUCUAGAGCAUGAAUGGGCAAAUAUGAAAUCCUUCUUGGCAGAAAUUUCUAAUGAGGACACCAUUUCUAAUAAGCCAGGAUUUGGAGGAUACAUAGAUCUGGGAAAAGAGUUUGCUGUCUUGCAUUCAUUGCUGUGGGAAGUUGUCUGGGAACUGGACAAGGCCACAGUAGAAAAAUUGGGUCCUUUGCCAGACAUUCUCGCUGACAUCGCAAGGGAUACAACACACUCUCUGCCCAUCCAGCAACAGCUGAGACGUUAUCCAGAUCAUAAUUCAAGCCCCAAUGUCAGUCUCUCUUCUGGGCUGCAAAAAAUAUUUGAAGACCCAUCUGACAGUGAGCUCAAGUCGAAGUCUGCCCCUCCAGCAAAUGAAGAAUAUUUCAAAGGCAAAUUGCUCUUGAUGCAGCAGACAUCAUCCCGGAGUGUGACUUAUUCUGAUCAAGGGGACGAGACCAAUCUGCCCAAUGUCCGAAGCAUAUCGCUAAUGAAUCUCCAGGAUCCCAAUGUCACACCGUGUGAAUCUGGAUCCAUGAUGCACGAGGCCCCAGUACGUUUAUCUGGCAGUCAGAUUUCAGUCGUCCAGGUGGCAAGUAUCAAGCAGCUCCACAGAACACCACAGACCGCCCCCCAAGUCAGGAGACCUCUUCACUCAGCAUUAAACCAGCCAGGCAUUCUUCAGGCUCUUUUUUUCCAGAAUCCAGUUUAUCAUCUCAAUAAUUCUCCUCAGCCAAUGCCUAAAGUGUCCAUGGAAUCAAGCCUGGAUAACCUGAGUGUCACCAGUUCCCGAAGCCAGAAUAGUGAAGACCUUAAACUUAGUGUACCCAGCAAUAGCAGCAUGGAGGAUUAUGCCAAACGCAGCACUCAGAAUGAAGAUUUUUCUGGGCAGGCCACCAUGCUGGACAAACAAGCUUUGCCAGCUCGUCAGAGUUACACUGUCCAGGUCCAAAUCCACAAAGCAGACCAAGCAGGACCCAGUGCAAUGAUCAGGUCACCCCACUCUCUUCCCCACAGUGCCUCUCUUCGAAGCACAGGCAGCAUGUCUGUAGCAUCUGCCACGAUGGCAAUGGAACCUCUUCAGGAGGGAAAUCAAUCCCGGCAGCAGUCUUCCUCCUCCCGAGAGAGUCCAGUUCCCAAAGUGCGAGCCAUUCAGCGGCAGCAAACACAACCGGUGCAGUCACCUGUAGAUUCUGCCACUAUGUCACCUGUGGAAAGGACAGCUGCUUGGGUCUUAAACAACGGACAGUAUGAACAAGUGGAGGAAGAGGCAGAGCAAAAUCCAGAUGAAGCCAAUCAUACAGAAAAGUAUCAGCAAGAGAUUGUCAAGCUCAAGGAUCGCCUGAAGGCAUCAAGUCGCCGGUUGGAGGAGUAUGAGCAGCGUCUCCUAGUGCAGGAACAACAAAUGCAGAAACUCAUUUUAGAGCACAGAUCAAUGAUGGAAGACAGCAAGGAGCGGCUGCGAAAGCAGCAGGAGGAGAAGGAUAGCCAGAUGAAGAGCAUCAUCAGCAGAUUAAUGGCUGUGGAAGAGGAACUAAAGAAAGACCAUGCAGAAAUGCAAGCGACCAUUGAUGCUAAGCAGAAAAUAAUUGAGGCACAAGAGAAAAGGAUCCUCUCCCUGGAUUCAGCCAAUACAAGAUUGAUGAGUGCCCUAACUCAAGUGAAGGAACACUAUGACAUGCAGGCCCGGAGCAGUGUCUCUCCUACUAAUCCGCCCAGACUUUCUAUCACAGAAAGUGGAGAAUUUAGGAACAGCAGCUGCUAA